AAAUCCACGUUUUGUAAUAACGACAUUGUAAAAUGACCAGAUUUAAGCUAAAGUUGUGUAUAUAGUAAGUUACGUUUCAAAUUUAAGGAGCAGAUAAACGUGUCAUCAGUUUUGACAUCAUUACGUAACGUAACGUUUGUGUUGAAACAAGCUAACAGCUAGCUACUAGCAACAUCAAGCUAACUAGUAAACUAAUAGAAUUUUCUGAAGCAGGUGGUGUCCCGCCCUGAUGCUCGCCAGUGUCCUCCGCGCUGCUCGCCCCGCCUCCGCCCGCCUCUCUUCCAGCCGCCCUUUGGCUCACUUCAGGCCGCACAUGGACCCCGACCCCAGCCGCCCGGUCGAGCGGACCAUCCGGACCAAACUGACCGAGGCCCUCAAACCGGACCACUUGGAGAUCCACAACGAGAGCCACAUGCAUGCGGUCCCUCCGGGCUCCGAGUCUCAUUUCCGCGUUCUGGUGGUCAGCUCUCAGUUCCGGGGUUUACCUUUGAUUCAGCGCCACCGCCUGGUUAAUGAGGCGCUCAAGGAGGAGCUCAGCAGCCGCGUGCACGCUUUGGCCAUCCAGGCAAAGACCCCGGAGCAGUGGGAGAGCAGCCCCACCCUGGCAAAGAGUCCAGCGUGCAUGGGGGGUUCCAGGGGCGACCACACGGUGGAGGAGAAGCUGAAGGCCGGCCGAGAGUGAAACCUUCUCUGGAACUCACAUGCAGUGACAGAGGGGGGGGAAAAAUGAAUCGAUGACUGUGAAUGUAAAUAAAAACUGAUAUGACAACAAA